AUGUCUCUGAAAAUGUUUCAAAUUUUGGUGUCUGCUCUUCUGUUUACAGCUUCCAUUUCAGGUGUCCUUGGAGCACCUUUUCUGACAGAAGAAUCAGCAAAUCAGUUUAUACGACUUAAACGGCAAAUACCAUACUCUCAGAACUACUGGGACCCAAGCAGCGGCCAGAAUACAUGGGUAUACGCUCUCACUAAACAGGUUAGUGAAUCGUGGAAAGCUUUGAGAGAAACAGCACAAUACUACAUGGACUUGGGAUCUUCUGCACUUGAGCCUUCAAUUGCCAGCAACAACAUCAGAUCUUACAUGGACAUGCUACAACAGUCUGGGACUCAACUCCAGCAACAGACAAAGAUGAGCUAUUAA